CUCAAUGUUAGUGAUGAACCAAAGCGGAAGAACAACAUUGAUCUUCAAGAUCAAGCACUUUCAGGAUCGAUUUUGUUGUUUCAUGAAAGAUAUGUAAUAUGUUGAUAACAUAGCUAGGUGCCCCGACGAGAAGGUGGAAGGAUCCCAUUGCGCGACACCAUCCGCAGAAGAUCUUACACAUGGCUUUGCGGUCUCAUAAUAUGUUCCUUGCCAUUUUUUACUACACGUACUUCAUUACUUUCUACGCCACAACCGCGACCGCACGGCUGCUCACGAUUCUGAUACUGAUGGUGAUGUCGUCGAUACAUGGUUAAGCACGAGCGCGAUAGCGUCAGCACCAAUAAAUUGAUGAAAAUUCAAAUUGGUUAUAUUUGUGCGACCCUUCAGUCAGGCUCACAGCCGUAUGGUUAGUUUUCACAAGUUUUGGUAGCUUCUAGUUCUAUCUGAAAAAAGCAGGAAUCGACCCGAUCGGUCUCCUGACUUCUGCAACAUGAUGUCUUCAUCGCCAGGAACUGGAAUUUCCGCCGAAAACAGAAGCGGAAAUGUGCGAGCUCGCCUCGGAAACUUCCGGCGGAACGGUGUUUUUCCUCUGAACAUCGUUGUGUCCUUGAUCUGCACGACCCUCCACUUGAGCUCGAGCGCCUUGCUGAUUACCGGCGUGGAGGCCAGGCUACAGCACAAGGUUCUCAGGAAAAUGAAUGACCCGGGACAGGCACAGGAGUCGAGUACUCAGGAAAUCAAUCCGUGCGUGAACCGCUUGAAGCGACAGCUCGUUGCGGGUUGCAUGAAAGCUGCAAAGUGCGGUAAGUUCGUCGGGUGGAACUACUGGACAGAUUGGCGAAUGUUGGCGGGCUUCGGAACACCAGCGCUCGGAGCAUACGUUCUCGGGUGUGAAUCAUACGAAAGGCACAUUUCUGUAGAGGCAGGGCAGCGGCCUGCGCGAUCGCUUCUCUCGUUGCAGCUGUAGUAGAGGAACACACUCCCUCGAUUUGUCGGUACUUCGAUUAUUACUAUUAGAGUCACGACCCGCACCAGGCGCAGCCCCAUCUCAGUUGACGUAGUAGUCAUGCAGCUUGGUCUUCACCUUGUAUGUACUACUGCCGCUUUGUGGCAAAUACGAAUAUAGAGAUUUGGCGCAGGGGCCUGACCGUGUGCAUUUUGAUGUACAGAGCGAUAAAAUUCAACUUACUGACGCAUGUUCACUUUCUGCUGAAAUGAAAAUUGGCAUGUGGGCCGCGGGUUAGAAAUGCAAGGCACUGCAGCACCAGAUGAGAGGAACGGAAGCAUACCCAUAUUCUUAUAAUUGAAACGCAGUCGCUCGUCCUCGUCUGUCAGAAAGCGUUUCUUUCGAAGCGAUAAUAAUUGGCCGAUGUUUAUCGGCGGAGCAACGCUGGCCACAGGGAUGAAGAUGGUAGUAAGUACUCGUAACACAUUUUUCAGAAAUUCAUCGGUAAUCUUAUUCCAUGACGUUGAUAUGAGUCUCCUCUGUCCGCACCACAUGACACUAUAAGAAGCGGCAGAAAAAUCAACAGAGAGGCCUGCGGUUCGCACCCGGUCUUAGUGCCUCUUCUUUGCUUUUGUAGGUAUGUGGUUGCACCGCGACCACCAAAACCAAAAUAUUUUUACAGGCACACGAGCACAUCAUCCGACCGGGUUCGAAAUUCUCUGUCACGACCGGGAACAUUACGAAAGUCAAAACUUGAGUCGAGAAAAUUCGAAUUUGUAGCUUGCAAGAACAUUGUGUCAGACUGAAAUGACACGGAGGAGGGCUGUAAGUACCGGGAUCAUCUUGUAUGCUAGCGAUAAGAUGAAAAUCUACCAUUCUAAUAACACAUAUACACGGACGCGCGAUCUGCGUGCAUUCUUUCUCGCAAUGUGGGGAUUUUAUAAUUGAUUAUGGGCCUGGACGCAUUUGCAUUUGCAUGAUGCCGCGAGAUGAGAGAAUCUAUAGAAGUGUCGCAUGCUACAGCUUCGACUGAAGAUACCUCGCUUCGAGAUUUUGCCACAAUAACACGCUACGCACAAAAAAAAAUGAUUCGUGCUUACGCUGCAGCAGCUCUCUUUUCCAUCAUGCUGUCUCUGCGUCUCGGCGCGCGCACGGCCCCUGAAGCUGAAUCUCGGGCCCACAUCAAAUUUGCAUGAGUAAAUCCGACCCCGUUCUUUCAGGCCCAGGAUCGGCACGCGAGAAUACUCGUGCUGAAGUGCUCGAUGUAUGUUGUAGGGGAUGAAGUUUUGCAUGUGGAAGCAUAGAUUUAGAUACAGAUCACGCAAUUUGUAUUAAGUUCUUGGCCGGAGCGUUAUCGUUAUGGUUAUCGUUAUUAGCGCUGCAGCCCCGGGACAGCGAUGAAGAAUAUGUAUGCGAAGCAAUUGCAACGUAAGGACAGAGCUUCCAUCACCGCCAUACUUUGCGCAGGGGUGGGCGAUCUUUCUUGCGCGUCGAAGCAAGCAACGACAACGACCACGGCAAGAUUAAAUUCGAGGUUGGACGCUGGAACUCCGGUUCAUGGUACGCGCAUGGGAAACACUGCCCGCGCCAUCCGCUUGGCGUAA